UUAAAAGAAAGAAUCGUAUUACAUGUACAGACGGGAAAAAUAUUUAUUUUCUACACUUGGACUUGCUUGAGUGGGAGUGCCCACGUACAGAGUACUCUUCCGAGUUAGCUGGUGAAAUAAUCCGUUGUGCGAUGCCUUUCAUGCUCUUAUCAAAAGGAACCAUUCAGACAGUUUAGUGGGCCAUCAAUCAAUUUAUCAUUCUACUUUAUUUUCAAGUUCAUAUUCAACGUGGACUUUUGAUCGACUGAAAUUAAUAGGCUGUUGGUCUUGGUUACGCGGUCACCUGUACAAUGCGCGCCUUGCGAUAGCGACUGCAACAACAAGCUAGCUGUUCAGAUCAGUGGAAGCCAUCUUCCGUCGUGGGGUGAGGUAUAUUUCUCUUGUAUCUGCCCGGUUUGGAUUGAUUCGACGACGCAGUUCACUCACAGGAAAACUUGGAGUAAAGAACAGGUCUCAUCCGUUCACUGCGAUGAACAUCUGCGCCAGACCAGAUGAUGAGUGUUGUUGAGAAAAUCUCUUGAAGUUUGAACAAGUGCGCUCUUGAGCCAACCCAACCAAACAAGGCUUUCGACCGCUUUUCAACCAGCUGGCGGCUUGUUUAUAUGCUUUGACUUGGAAAAACAGUCUGACGAACCAUGACCGAGCAAGGAGAGCAGAAACCACGACGGAAAACGUCCGUGUACACUCGGCCUAACCCAGCAGAUCUGGCCCACAACAUGCCGGGGACCGAACAUCUCGGAGACGGCGGAACCGGUCACCAGUUGGAGGGUAGGUCGCGGAAGGUGUCGUUCGGCAGCACUGGGAGACCCAGGAACAUCUCGGUGGGGAGCUCAGAUGGAACCGAACUGCGUAGCCGUAAGCACAGCAUGGGCGACCCGGAGAGAUACCGCAAGGUUUCCGUGCCGCGCCGGACCCUAAGCGUGGAGGAGCGCGGCUGGGGCACGGAGAGCGGCAUCGUGCGCGGGCCGUCGGCCGCCAGCCUACCAAAGCCCAACACCUACAAGAUGGGGCCCGAGCGACCCUUCCGAGAAAAGCCCGUUCGUAAGGUCAUCGAGAACGUCUUGGAGGACAUGGACGACGUCCGGUACGAGAACCCCAGCAUGAUGGCUGCCAAGGCGCGCACCAUCAGCGACACGGUAAAGCAGCGGGUCAAGCUGAUAGGCUUCGACCGGUACAAACUCGUCUGCGUGGCCUGUUUGGGUCAGAAGAAAGGGCAAGAGGUGAAGGACGUCGGCAGAUGUCUCUGGGAUUCCGGCAAAGACGGCUUUGUGUCAGUAGCUUAUGAAAACGCAACCCUUUUCGCCGUUGUCACAGUGUAUGCAAUUUACCAGGAGUAGAGUUUCAAAGCACAAUCUCUUUUAGAAUCUUGAUUAACUCGCGCACAUCACUUUCAUGUUAUUUCAUAGAAAAACAUGACUUAGUUAAACGAUUCUGGCUGCAGCGCUAGAUACAUUAAAUAACAUACAUCAUGUGCUACCCUUUUUUUUUACAAAAGCUAGGAAAAGGGCAUUUUUAUUUGAAGCCUGAGCUCUAAAAACAUGUACAUGUACCUAUGAUUACUACACUGCUGCGUAAAAUAUACCCCACUAACAGGUAAAGCAAGCGAUUUGUGUAAUGACUCAUCAAUGGUUAACCUCUCCACGUCAGGUCUUCACCCAAGUCAUUCUUAUCAUGUUGAACAAAACUCCUAAUCAUAUAGCACCAGUAAAAGUCAGCAGGGUUUUUUUUCAUCCUUGACACCAGCCCAGCCCCCUAUGUUUCAAAGCAACUGAUGGUACAUGAUACUUUGUGGCAAUUUUAAUGGAGAUACUUUCCAUUCUCGAUUUACAAUUAGCGUCCUUUAUUGCAUCUGAUGUAGAAACAAAUUCAGAAGUGUAAUGUUACUGCUUGUAGGGUUUGUCGGAUGCCUUAAAGUAUCGCCUUAAAAUAUAGCCCACAGUCCUCGACCCAACUCCUGAAAAUGCAUCGCUACUAAUUGCUGUAGGAUAAACCGUCCACUGCGUCUUGAAUACCGUCAAUAAUGUCUUGUCACUGACUUAUGUUCAAGUACAACUUGAAAAAGAUCUUGUCACUGGUCAAGAACAAGUCGGGUUCCUUGACCAGACGAUCCCCAAACGUCUCUUCACAGAUUGUUGGUCAGGGAGCACCAGCCAACAACAAAAUCAACGUAACGCAAGAAAACUUGCCCCAUUAGACGCCAAAAUCACAACGGCUGCCAUUGUCAUUGGAUAUUGCCAACGAAUUCUGCCGAUCAAAGAAUAGCGCCAUAAACGCGACAAUAAAUCAGGUUUCACAGGAAAACUGGCACAAUCUGAUAUCGACAAAUAACAUUCACGAUGUUUUAAAGAGAAGUGGUGUUUCCGUUUAUCAUCAUAAAAUAAAAUAAUGGUUGAAGUUAAAGCGCCCUCUCCAGUUGGAACAGCCGUGACAUCUUUUGUUCGCUGCAGACAUGUUACUUAACUAUUCUGCUCCAACUUUUAUUCCUAUCUCCCGAGUUGUAAUCUAGUAACUCACUGAUCCGUCCAAGCCAACCUCAAAAUUAAUAUCGAGUCAGAUCAUACGUAUUGACAAAACAAUCCGAAGUACGUUGUGCAUUUCAUGGAGCUGG